GGAAACCAUUCAGUCUUAUCAUCAUCUCACACAGAUUUUUUGAGGGAACUACUUGCUUCAUUCUUGUAGUGAUCGGAACAUGGCACUUUCUGCAAGCAAGGUCUCGAGCUGUCCUGGGAUGACUAUUUCUACUACUCUUCAUAAAUCUUAUGGAAUUUCAAAUAACUUUGCCAAGUCAGUGCAACGGAGUAAUUUUCACUGUCCAAGUCUAGGAGUGGAACUGAGGCAGCUAAAUUAUGGAUGUCUAGUGACAGAAAAAAAGAACUAUUCUAAUGAUGGGUUGUGGUGUAUGUUUGGUAAACCAGUUAGUUUCACUGUCUCUCAGAGAUCGAUUGUCGCACACCUUUCAAGACGAACUCAUAAUACCAAAGAAAAAGAGGGCAUUAUGACUUAUGGUGAUUGUACAGAGGAGACUAGUUCACAGAUUGGAGACGAAGAUGGACGUCAAGUGUUUUCUGAGAGAACUAUUAGCUCCAGUCAGGGAUUAACUGAAGCUUGUAAAUUUGUUUUCAAUGAUGCAAAGUUUGUAAAUGAAAGGGCUCGCAAUGACAUUAUCCUGCUGUCUCGUGGCAUAUUGAGACUGGAUGCUCGUGCACGUCAAGAUGUUGCUAUUCUUGGGUCAGAGUUUCUUAAACUUGACGCCCGGGCAAGAGAGGAUACUGAAAAAAUUGACCGUAAGGUGAAGAAGAAAGCUGAGCGCCUUCAUCAUAUUGCUAGGGUCUUAAAAGACAAAGCAGAGUAUAGGUUGAAAAGUGUUGCCGAUAAGCAUUGGAGUGACGGAGCUUUAGAGGCUGAUCUGCGCCGUGCUGACAUCCGUGCCAAACAACGUGCAAUGCAAGAUGCCCUAAUGGCUUUGGAGUUUGUCAAAGACAUUCAUGAAAUGAUGGUGAGCAAAACAUACAAUCUUCCUUUGCAGAGAGUAAAUGGUAUUCAAUCAGAAAAUGAUAAACUCGGGCGUAUAAUGCUUGAAAAGAAUGGCAUUACUCUCAAUUUCCCUCCAGGGGUAGUAUCUAGUGAUCAGAUUACUGCAAUUCAGGAAGCUUACUGGAGUAUAGCAUCUGCUCUCUCUGAAGCUGAUGGAAUUGACUAUACUGAUCCUGAAGAGCUCGAGUUGUUAAUUGCAACUCUUAUAGAUCUUGAUGCUAUGGAUGGUAAAACUAGCGUGUCCUUGUUGGCAGAGUGUUCCAGUUCCCCUGAUGUCAGUACUAGGCAAGCAUUAGCCAAUGCUUUAGCUGCAGCUCCAUCUAUGUGGACUCUGGGUAAUGCAGGAAUGGGAGCCUUGCAGAGACUGGCAGAUGAUAGCAACCCAGCAAUUGCUGCUGCAGCAACUAAAGCAAUUUAUGAACUUAAGAAACAAUGGGAGAUAGAGGAAGGAGAUAGCUGGAGGUUUACAAUGGACCAAUAUAGCAUGGAAAAGAAAGGGGAAGGCCAAGAAGCUGAUAAUGAUUUAAAUACAGAUUAUAGUAUUUAGACAAUUGUAGUGU